UGUGCGUUUGUCUCGCGCUUCAGUGCUCAUCAUCUAGUGCAACACUUCCCGUCGUUUCUCUCCCGCGAGACACAGGCAGCAUCGGAAUGGUGUUAGCUGAAGCGCUCGUGACAUUUCAGUGGGGCUGGCCUCACAUGCAUCACUUGUUUGCCCUGCUUUGUCUUGUCGCCGUUGUCUACAAAUUAAGCAUCGCGUUUGGCAAAAGGAGGGAUGUGUUUCGACAUUUUGAACGUUUUUCAGGACCACCGGGACACUGGCUUUUGGGACAUGUUUUGGAGUUUAAAGAAGAUGGGACCGACUUGGAUAAGAUAGUAAAAUGGGGACAGGAGUACCCUUAUGCCUACCCACUGAGGUUUGGUCCAUUAGUUUGUUUCCUCAACAUUCACCAUCCAGAUUAUGUGAAAACAGUACUGGCAUCAACAGAGCCAAAAGAUGAUUUCGCGUAUAAGUUUAUUGAACCUUGGAUUGGGGAAGGUUUACUGGUGUCAAAAGGUCAGAAGUGGUUUCGCCACAGAAGGCUAUUGACCCCAGGCUUCCAUUAUGAUGUUUUGAAGCCCUACGUAAAACUGAUGUCAGAUUCUGCUAAAACUAUGUUGGACAAAUGGGAAAGUUAUGCGAACACCAGCAACUCCUUUGAAUUGUUUGAACACGUGAGCCUCAUGACACUGGACAGCAUCUUGAAAUGUGCAUUCAGCUACAACAGCAACUGUCAAACCGAGAGUGGAACAAAUGCAUAUAUCAAAGCAGUGUAUGAGCUCAGUGAUCUGAUUAAUCUGAGGUUCAGGACAUUUCCAUACCACAACGACCUAAUUUUCUACCUCAGCCCACAUGGCUUCAGAUACAGGAAAGCAUGCAGGGUGGCUCACAGUCAUACAGAGGAAGUCAUAAGAAAGAGAAAAGAAGCUCUAAAGGCAGAGAAGGAGCUGGACCGCAUACAGGCCAAGAGAAACCUGGACUUCCUGGACAUACUUCUCUUUGCAAGAGAUGAGAAGCAGCAGGGUCUUUCAGAUGACGAUAUACGAGCAGAAGUGGACACAUUCAUGUUUGAGGGCCAUGACACCACAGCCAGUGGCAUCUCCUUCAUCCUCUACUGUCUAGCCUGCCACCCAGAACACCAGAAGAUAUGCAGGGAGGAGAUCAUUCAAGCCCUGGAUGGCAAGGACACUAUGGAAUGGGAGGAUCUCAGUCAAAUUCCAUACACCACAAUGUGCAUAAAAGAAUCCCUCCGUCUUUACCCUCCUGUGCCAGGAAUGUCCAGAAAAACAACCAAACCCAUGACCUUUUUUGAUGGAAGGUCUUUGCCGGAAGGUUGUUUUGUCGGAACAAGUGUGUAUGGGAUUCACAGGAAUGCAGCUGUCUGGGAAAACCCUGAUGUCUUUGACCCACUUCGUUUCCUACCAGAGAAUUCUUCCAGAAGGUCACCACAUGCGUUUGUGCCGUUCUCUGCAGGGCCAAGGAACUGCAUUGGUCAGAACUUUGCCAUGAAUGAGAUGAAAGCGGUGAUAGCCCUGACACUGAAGAGAUAUCAGCUGAUAGAGGACCCCACAAGGAAACCCAAGAUAAUUCCUAAACUUGUGCUUCGCUCACUCAAUGGCAUCUACAUCAAGAUCAUACCUGUAGACCCUCAAAUGUAAAG